GGUCGGAUCACCGGUCGUCGCUGCUGCUGCGUCGGCGAGGAGGCUACGACGGGGAACAUCGGAGAUUGGAGCGGCGGGAGCAGCACGUCAUCGUCGAGUUAGCAGGGCAUCGGUCGGAGCAGGGCGUUGCCGAUCAGAUCGACUGGACGCAGUGGCGGAGGGGGAGCAGAGGAGAGGCGACGGCGGAGGGCAGCACUUGGACAAGACCGAGAUGGAUUCGUCUUGUGGAGGAAGACGACGGGCUGGCCUCGCUGGCUGGUAUGGAAGCUGGGAGAAAAACACCUAAAAAACGGUGGAGCAAAUCAACCAAGAAUACUGUCAUAAACUCAUAAUCAAGCCAAAGCAACACAGCUCAGUCUAUCCCAAUCUCUCUGCCUCACCUAGCCUCUAUCAUUGAUUCAUUUAUCCCCAGAAGCUAGAUCAGCUAUUAUUAAGUAUAUGCAAAUGGAAGUUUCAGUAAACAUAGCAAUAUCCAUUGUUUUGUUGUGCAUUGCUUCAUCAUGGGCAUGGAGGUUGCUAAUUUGGGUGUGGUUGAAGCCAAAGAAGCUAGAAAAAUGUCUAAGGCAGCAAGGUCUUGCCGGAAAUCCGUACCGCCUUUUGAUUGGAGAUCUCAAGGAGACCUUGAAGGUGAUGAAAGAAGCAAGUUCAAAACCCAUGAACCUCUCUGAUGAUGUAGCCCCACGGGUCCUGCCAUUUCUUCAUCAAACCAUUGCCAAACAUGGUAAGAAUUCUUUCACAUGGUUUGGUACCACACCAAGGGUGACCAUUAUGAACACCGACUAUUUGAAAGAGAUAUAUACCAAAUAUGAUGAUUUUCGGAAACCACAUCCUGGUCCUGUUGUCAAGUUGCUAUCAUAUGGUCUUGUGAACCUUGAGGGAGAAAAAUGGGUUGAAAGGAGAAAGGUUAUUAACCCGGCAUUCCAUAUCGAGAAGCUAAAGAAUAUGCUGCCAGCAUUUUAUCAGAGCUGCGCCAAUAUGGUCACCAAAUGGGAGAUCAUGGUGUCCAAGGAGGGGUCUUGUGAACUGGACAUUUGGCCUUUUCUUCAAAAUAUGUCAGGAGAUGUGAUUUCUAGGACAGCAUUCGGUAGUAGUUAUGAAGAAGGGAGAACUAUAUUCGAACUCCAGAAAGAACAAGCACAACUUAUAGUUAAAGCCUUAUUCACUAUUUACAUUCCAGGAUUAAGGUUUCUACCUACUAAGUUGAACAGGAGGAUGAAGGCUAUUAGCAAAGAAAUAGAUGCUACACUGAAGCAUAUUAUCAGUAAAAAGGAGGCAAUGAAGGCAGGUGAUGAAGACGCUAAGAAUGACUUGUUAGGCAUACUUCUAGAAUCGAAUCGGAAAGAAAUACAACAGUAUGGAGGCAACAAGAAUGUUGGAAUGAGCAUUGAUGAGGUGAUUGGGGAAUGUAAGCUGUUUUACUUUGCCGGGGCAGAGACUACCUCGAUCUUGCUUACUUGGACAGUAAUUUUACUCAGUAGAUAUCCAAACUGGCAGGCUCGUGCCCGAGAGGAGGUUUUACAAGUAUUUGGCAACAAAAAACCUGAUUUUGAUGGUCUGGUUCAACUAAAAGUCGUCACCAUGAUUUUAUAUGAGGUUUUGAGGUUAUACCCCCCACUUCCGGUGAUGACUCGAACUGUUCAGAAGGAAACACAGGUCGGAAAUUUGUUACUUCCAGCUGGAGUCCAGUUAUCAUUACCAAUACUCCUCGUGCAGCAAGAUCAAAACCUGUGGGGUGAGGAUGCAAAGGAGUUCAAUCCACAGAGAUUUUCAGAAGGAAUUUCAAAGGCAACAAAGGGUCCGGUUUCAUUUAUUCCAUUUGGAUGGGGUCCUCGGAUAUGCAUUGGACAAAACUUUGGUUUGAUGGAAGCAAAAUUGGCGUUGUCCUUGAUAUUACACAGCUUCACAUUUGAGCUUUCCCCAACCUAUAUUCAUGGUCCAAUCACGUUUAUAACGACUCAACCGCAAUAUGGUGCACACAUAAUCUUGCAUAAACGAUAACUGCAGUGCAGUGUAAAAUAUUUUGGCAUGCAUUAAGGAAGUUGCAUGCUAUAAACAGCUAUAUACUGAUGUCACAUAUGUCAUUAAUUGAAUA